CACAGCGGGCUGCAGGGUAACUAGUGUGAAACAAUUUUUAGGACGAGCAGGAUAGAAGUCGAAAAUCUAACCUGUGUCAACUUUUCAUUCAAACAUAAAGGAAUCACAAGAAAAACAGACUUCUUUGAAAGACACUCUGUUCGAUGGACGACCUGUUAGAUGAUGAUGACCUGGAAUUCGACAAGUUUGACGAGGAUGAUCACUCAUUCAAAAGAAAACGUCCUACUGAGGCAUCAUGGGAUAGCGAUGAUGAGCUCUUGCAGGAAGACAACCUCCCACUCAAGAAGACGAGAGGUCAGUCAUUAAGUGAACUUGAUGAAGAUGCCUUACUCCAAGACAGUGACGAGGAGCUGGGGGAGUUGAACUUUGAUGGUGGGGACAACAGCCAUACCCGUGAACAGACUGGUGAGCAGACAGCCCCUGAGACUACAGUCAAUUACGAGGGCGAGGAUGCCGGCCUCGCAGUUGGGCAGAAGGACAACCUCUCGGUCGACUACUCUGGCCUGCUGGACGCCACCCAGGAUGACGAGUGGGGCGAUACGCAGGGCGAGGUAGGAGAAGAUGCAGGCGGUGAGUUGCAGGAAGAGUACCAGGGCGAGGGCGGGGACAACUAUGAAGACAUAGGCAGAGACUAUGGAGAGGCGAGCGGAGACUAUGAGGAAGGGGCUGAAGAGGCGUAUGAAGAAGCUGGGGAUUUUGAGGAAGAGGGCGGGGAGACCUAUAAUGACGGCAGAGACACCUAUGAAGGGGGCUUGGAAACCUACGAUGAAGAAGGGUACGAGGAUGAGCCGAUGCCCGACCAGAUGGCUGUAGAAGAUGAAGAUGUGGCAAUGUUAGAGGAUGCAAUUGAGCUGGAGCCUGGCAUGGAUGAUCUCUUGGACAUCGAGGACCUGGACGACAGCCUCAUCGAAGAUACCCCUGAAGAUAAGCCAGUGAGGGGCAGUGUCGCCGGUCCAGUGACCUCUACGCCGAGUGCCCCUGCCAGAGAAAAGUCUGCGAGCGACAUCAAAGAAACUGAAGAGCAUUCGUCCCAGUUGGACAAUCAGACUUCCUCCCAGACCAGGCAGGAGGAUGAGGAAGAGGGCUCGGACACCAAGGAGGACAUCCCGUCCAGCGAUGAAGAUGAGGACGAGGACGAUGACACCACGAGGGCUCGAUUUAAGUCAGAGCGCCAGCCUUCCACAACUGUCAAAGUUGGGGGCACCGCCACCAAGCGUAAGGACAUCCCCGCGACACUAGAGAUAACAGCCGAAAUCCAGCAGACAGUGGAUGAGUUUGCACGCCAGAAGGAAGAGCAGCAACAGAUGCGGCGGCACCGGGGCCGCGGGGGAAGGGGCUUCCGCGGCCACCGCGGCAAUCGCUACGGCCAGGGCCCGCCACCCUGCAUGAUGGGACGGGAGAUGCACCCGGGAUUCAGGGGGCCCGAGCUGCCGCCACAGCGUCUGCCUCAGCCGCCUCCCCUCGGGGGCGCCCUGCAGUCCCCUGUGGAGGUGGUCCGGGGGCCCCCGGCAGGCCACUUUCGAGGGGGACGGUUUGACUUUGAGCCCUACCACCCAGGCAAGGAGGAACCCAGUCGGGGAUCUCCUCUAACAGUCCAAGGACUGGAACAAUCUAGCACGAGCCAGCCACCUCAGGAAAGUCAGAGUUCAAUCGUCACUUCCAACCAGGCACCGCCAGAGCAGCACCCAAGUCAGUCUGGUCCCCCGGCCAGUUCCCAGUCGCAGGCCCCAAAAAGCAAGACAAUCCUCAUUAACCCUCAUUUUAAAGGCCAGGUGCAAGUUCCAUCUCAGAAAGGUGAGCCACCCCCGCCCACCCACCUUGUCUCCCACACGGGGCCCCCUCCUCAAUCCCAGUACCAGCCCCCCGCCAGCUCCCACGGUCACCCCUACCAGCCCCCCGAGUCAUCCUACCCGGUUUCUGGCGGCCCCCCGUACCCACCUCAGACACACCAGCAGCCAGGGCCCCCACAGUCACUGCCGCCCCCACCCCAGGGGCUCGGCCAGCCACAGCCCCCAACGCACAUGCACAUGCAGCCAUCGUCACACCCGCAGGGGCCACCUGUCAUAGACCAGCCGCCGCGGGGCAGUUACAGGGGUCCCCAGCAUCCACACUACCGACCCCAGGAGUCAGAGCCCUGGACCCCACCAGCCAGCCAGUGCCAGCCCUCAGGCGGUUGGUCCCACCAGCCCGGCAGACCAGACCCUGUAUCGGUCACCUGGAGCCACCAGCACCAGGGCCCGCCAAGACCGGAGUUCCACGGCCACCAGCCACCCCAGCAGCACCCGGCAGGCUUCACCGGUCCCCGACCCCCCCACGAGCGCUUCCCCCCACCCCACCAUCCGGACCAGCAUGGGCUUCGGCCACAACAGCCGCCACCACCCAGGGGCAUGCAGCCAAACCAGAUGCGACCGCCAGGGGAGCCUCAGCAUAUUAGGGGUCCCCCACCCCACCAACACAGACCAGGGUUUCAGCAGCAGAGACCCCCUACUGUGAGACAAGGCGGCCCCCAUCACCAAUUUCAGAACCAGCGGCCACCGUUGCCCCGACAACCAUCACCCCGGCAACUGUCUCCCCAGCAACCAUCUGCCCAGCCUCGGCAGCAGACCCCGGGCGGUCAGUCUCCGUCCCCGAACCCCGUCCACAAGGGGCGGAUCCUGCCCUCGCCGAAGCGACUGAUUGAGGAGGCCACCAAGAAGGGGUCAAAGGCGGUCCCACCUACGCAACCAGAGGGCGAGAUCGACGAAGAUGCAGAAACCAAGAAGUUGCGCCUACAGCUGGAGGAGCAGAAGAAGCUCCGGGAGCUGAUCCUGCAGCGGAAGGAGGCGCGCCGCCAACAGCUUGCCGCCGCCAAACAGGCUGAGCUCAAGAAGCGCAUGGCCAGCCAGAAACAGAGCAUGCAGCAGGACCGUGGUGUCGGUGCUAAGGACACGAGUCAACCACAACAGCCUCCGCCACAACUGCAGCAACAGCCACCGCAAGCUGGUCAACAAACGCCCAGUCCCAGGCAACCCUCCCCUCAUCAGCAGCAACAGCAGCGCGUCGGCCAGGGCGGUAACCGGAGCAUCUCACCAACGUCUGCCAACAGGCCCACCGCCCAGCAGAGCCCCCAGACGAACUCCCAGAUACAAGGGCCGCCGCAGCAGUGGGCAGGCGGGCCCCGAGCCCAGAGACCCGUGUCACAGCCCAGGCCGCAAGGGGCAGUGCAGGGCGUGCCGCACCCCCGACAGCCCAGGCCUCGGGGACAGCAGCAUCAGCAACACCAAACCUGGCAUCAGCACCAGAAUGUCAAGGUUCUGGUAGACUCGGCACCCCAGCCCAUCCCCACGCUAGGGGGAGGGGGAACAGUUACAAGGCCCCGACAGCCAGGCGGCAGUGUGGGCUCAGGAGGUAGGCCUGGAUUGGUCCCGGUCAGGGGUCAGCAACCUCAGGGACCUUCUGGAACUAUGCCUAUGGGGCGCGGUAGAGGGCGUGGCCAGCCCAUCAGGGCACAGUUUCAACCGCAACAACAGCAGAGGUUCCAGGCACCACAGCAACAGCAGAUGCGGCUGCAGUCGGCUGGCCCCAACCCCCAGGGGGCGGUCCCUCGGCCACAAUCCCCACGUGCACGGGGACGAGGAAGAGGCCAGGUGAGGCCACAAGCUGUAGGCCAAAGAAUGCACAUGCCAGGGCCGAGACCCCAGGGACCACACCCACAGGCACCACAUCCACAGGCGCCACACCCACAGGGACGAGGCCCACAAGGACCACACCCACAGGGGCCAGGCCCACAAGGACCACACCCACGGGGGCCAGGCCCACAGGGUCCACAUCCACGGGCAGUACGGCCACAGGGGCCGCGUCCACAAGGACCACGACUGCAAGGGCCACACCCUCAAGGGUCAUGCCCUCAAGGACCACGCCCACAGAGUCCUGGAGCAACCAUGCCACCACAAGGGCAAGUUCGGCCACAGAAGAGAUCGGUCAAAGAGCGUAUUGGGAUUCCCCGACAAGGGAAUGCUCAGACCCAGCGGGUCACAGCAGACACCCAGCGGAGAGUUGUCCAGAACCAGCCGGGGCUGCAAGCCCAGCGAUCCCCCCAGAAGCGAACCCUGCAGGCCGGCCCAAACCAAGCCUCUGUAAACCAACCUGAACAGCCCACCAAGAAGAGGACGGUGGUCCAGCAGCUCACGCCGCAGCAGCAACAACAGCUGCGACAACAGCAGCAGAAGAGGGUGGUGCAGGCGGCCCAGGGCCAGCCAGCUUGCUCGCAACCACCGCCUCAGAGGAUCGUCAAGCAGGCUUCACUGGAAGACAGCAACCAGGCCGCCCAGGGGCCUACAGGUAUCCUGAUUGAUGGGCUGUCUGCGUCGACGACCAGGAACAGCUUGGUGAAGAUGCUGCAGUUGUGUGGCCCCAUCGAGAAUGUUGAAAUUCUGCCAAACCAGAGGAGGGCAACCGCUAAGUUCUGCCGGCCGGAAGAUGCCCAGGUUUUCCAGGCAAAGUUCCACAGGCACAUGGUUGACUUGGCCCAUAUCAAUGUCAGUCUGGUUCCUGACUAAACUGCUGGGAGUCCAUGCCCACCAGAAGGAUUCUUGCCACCAGAAUUGCUGACUUCAGAACAACAAUGUUGCACAGGAGCCAGCAGAGCAUUUUCACAAGGGGAGCGCUCUCUACAAGCACACCCAGCAACAGACUGUCUACAGGCUGCAGGAGACAAAUUACAGAGGGCAUUGCCAUCUAGAGCACCCAAGCAUCAAUCAACACAACGGUAUUUGGGCACUGAUCUUCUGCCUGUGAAUUUGUAUCAUCCAUUUGUUGCCUUCUUAAGUUGUGUAUAUCCCUAUACUUAUUUUAAUUGUAAUUUUGCCAACAGCAAAGAAAUUGUGUCAGAGUUUUCACUGGCUUUGACUCACAUGGACGUGUUAAAACAGUGGCGCUUUGAUUUUAAAGUAAUCGGCAUGCUGGGAUUGCAUUUAAAAGUCCCGUCCUCAAAAGUGAGAGAGGAAACUGCAUUAAGCUUUGCAUAGCAGUUUAGCUAUUUAAAGUUAAUGCACCGGUAAGAGUUAUUGGUGGUUGUGUUAGUUAUGUUAACAUUUGGGGCAGUGGAAUUGUGUUGGAUGGUAGUCCUCAAGCAAAGGAGAGUGGAUAUCAUUGAGUCUUGGAAUCUGAAUGUUGCGGCUAUGUCUUUGAACUAUGCUAGUAUGUUAUGGAAGCAUUGGAUCCACAUCCAUAGCCAUUUGAGACCACAGAAGAGCGAAGGGUCUGGUGCCUGUACCUUCUGGCGGAUAAUAACUCACUGGAUCAUGUUAGGCUGGUGCUAGUACUGACUACAGGCUGCAAUGCCUUAAACGUCAUGCGAAUGCCCAGUACUGGCUAUAUGCAGUUGUGUGGUGUGUGUCUGAACGUUGGAACUUAUUGGCCAAGCUGUUGGCUCAUUGAUCCGCACUUGAACAACCGUCAUAAAUUUGGUAGACUUCAGGGGAGAUACGUCAUUCCGAAGCAAGCAAGGCAACACAACGACAGCAAGCAAGCUGGCAAGAGCACAAAGAUACCUACUUGUAGUGGGCAGCUGGUCAGAGACAUGGCUCUGAAUUGCUACCAGCGGGCUAGAAUUUGUUACAAAUGUUACCUUGAAAGUUUAAACACAAUGUAGAGUGUCAGAAUGCAUUGUGUUCACAAGCAUUUAUUUCAGUGUAUUGGUAGCCAGUUUAAAGUUAAUUUGUAGACCACUUUACAAGCCAGCUUACAUGCCAGGUUACAAGCCAGCUUGCAUGCCAGGUUACAAGCCAGCUUGCAUGCCAGGUUACAAGCCAGCUUGCAUGCCAGGUUACAAGCCAGCUGACAAGCCAGUUUAUAAGGCCACUGUACAAGCCCAGCAUACACGUACAUGUACCAGGGAAUUAUCAGCUGACUGCAAGACACUGCACAGGUCAGCUUACAAGCCACCUUACAUGCCAGCUGACGAGCCAGUUUAUAAGCCAGUGUACAAGCCCAGCAUGCCAGGGAGUUAUCAGCUGACUGCAAGACAGCGGACAGGUCAGCUAACAAGCCACCUUACAAGACAGCUGGUAAGCCUAGAAUACUGACAAGCCAGCUUAGAAAUGCCGGCCAGUUGCGUCUGCCAGCAUGCCAGCCAUUCUGGAAGCCAACUCUCCACCCAACCAAAUUGAGCUUUCCAGAUGGCCCACAAGCCACUUUAAGAGCCAUUUUUUAACUCCAAGAAGGCCACACACGCACACACACAGUAUGGGCACUGUCAAACUGAAACCAAGAGUUGCCAGAUGACGAAUUCCAGAAGAUGAGAACGUGAUGAACCACAGUGACUUACUUGGGAGAACAUUCUUCAACCUCCAAGAUGACGUCACAGUAAACUAAAUUUACAGUUCUUAAACUCGGUGGCCAUCCCAAUGAUAAGCAGUUUUAAACAAUUUCAAAAAACCAACGCCAACUGUCACUGCUAAUAACAAGUGACAACACAAAACUCAUGCUGUUCUCAUCUAAUUUCUGUGUCAUAAAUCAGUUCAGUAGGAUCGGCUGAUGAGAUUGGAGCGGCCACUGGAGUGUGAACACUCAACUAAACUUAAAUUGCGAAGCCCGUGAUCAAGUUGUAACAGAAAUGCAGGAAAGGUUGCCAGGGUUCCCAGAAUCCCAGAAAAAGGACAGGAGAAAAGACGUGACGGGGAAAAAAAAUUUGGAGUACGGGCGAUUCACAAGA